AUGGCCAUCGACCUCGCCCCUCAAGCCCUUGCUCCCCCGCUCCCCAUUCACCCAUCUACCAGGCGCGCUCCCCGCCGCCCUGUUGCCGUCGUCGACGAUGUCUUCUAUACGCAACGUCCCGUCACCCGCUCCAUGACACACGGCAAGCCCUUGUCCUAUCACCUGCCCGAGGAUCUGAGCCCUCGUAAUUUAUCCAAGCCUCCGUGUAGCACUACCAAGCGGCGCCGUAACGUCUCCCGUAACUUAUCGCGCACACCUCGCCAUCGCCAUUGCACUCGUGCCGAUUGUUGUAUCAGUAUCCGUGGAUCGCCUUCUCCCUUCGACGACUUGCCCUGGAUUUCUGCUCUCUCCCUCGACCCCGACCCCUACAACCUGGCGGACAUUGCCGAUCUCUCUCUCAUCGAUACUGUCAUGGACGAAGAGACGGUCCCUUCGGUUGGUCCUGGUCCCGUCCGCCGUCGCAAGACCUCCUUGCGGUCAGAUCCGCUCGCUCGCAAAGACGACGAGCCCUCGACGCCGGUCCGCGCCUUCCCCUUUGCUCGCCGCGCUCUUUUCCAAUUCGACCAGGUCCCGCAGACGCCCCCAUUGCGCGCUCCGUACGAGCCUUCCGAGGUUACGUUCCGCGAUCUAAGGCCGGUCUUCCCGUAUGACGACGAGGUGCGGACGAGCCCGACGGGCGUCGAUACGUCCCGUUGA